AUGGAUGAUACUUUGUACCCCUUGAGCUCGGGUCUCAACUUGGCUUGCCGCAAGAAUAUACAAGGUCCAUCUGACUAUUGCCGUUUCUAUCUUCCUAGAUAUUUGCUUAAUAAGCCGCCGCCGCUGCUGCUGCUGCUGCUGCUAUUAUUUUGUUACCGGAAAAUGGAAGCCGUUGGCAGGUCCAGCGAAGCCAAGUAUGAGUGCCUGCUCUUUGACAUGGAUGAUACUUUGUACCCCUUGAGCUCGGGUCUCAACUUGGCUUGCCGCAAGAAUAUACAAGAGUUCAUGUUGCAACACUUGCAAAUUGAAGAAAAUGAAGUGCNAGCAACAUGGGGGUGA